ACGGUGGCGCCCGCGGGCCGGGCGCUUCAGACUGGCAGUUGGAGCAGCGACUCCCCUUUGUGUCUGGUCUGAGGGGGGAAAGAGGGAGCAGCUGCCAGCCGAGCCGACCGGCGACUGGGAGGCGGCGCGCCGUGGCGUGAGAAACGGGCCCGAGGGCUGGCUGCGAGCGAGGCGCCCCGGAAGGCAGGGCAGGCGAGACCGUACUCGCCAUGGGGAGAGACGCCGUUAAAACCCCUCACGUCGAAGACGACGACGACGCCUUGUUGUUUUUAAACGUCAAGUGACUGGAAAUAACACUUCAGGAAAGAGACGACGGGCAGAGAGAAAUUGUGUUUUUUUUUGUUUGGUUUCCUCAUACCUUUUAAAUGCCUGCCCGUGUCUGCCUUUUGGGGGAUCGAGGAAGCUGCUUGUAGGUGACAAUCGUGGGUUUUUUUGUUUCUCCACACCUCUCGGAUAUGAUUGCUUUGCAACGUGUGCGGUGCUUUGAUAUUGCGAAGAAGCGUGGGAAGUAAGCCUGGUUUUUAUAUAUAUAUAUAGUAUGCGAAAGAUGACCGCCGGCUGGGGGGAAAGGACAUGUAUGUUCGCUUGAGAACCAAAACUCUCAUCUGCCGAUUGGGAGGCGAGCCCUGAAACAUGAAGACAGAUCCGUGUAAUGGAGUAAGAGGUCAGGCUGCUCCUCUCAUCUGCCAUUUGCCCUUUCAGACUGGAUUGUAAACCAAGAGGGCUAAGGCUCUUUGGAGACUGGAGAUUUCCUCCUGCUGGCAUUUUAAAAGAAAAUUAUUCUACGCAUCGCCCACCCUCCUGGAUUUCUUCAAAUAUGACCGCCUUGCUGCAGCACCUUUUGCUAUUGCUCCUUUUCUCCACUGCCACCUUACUACUCAGCACUGCGGCUGCUGCACAGAGUGAAGAGACGACAUGUGCAUUUAGGGACCAGUACCAAAAUGAUCAUGGAAUUAGCGAAAGUCGAAUUUCUCAAGAGAAUGGUACAGUUUUGUGUAUGAAAGGCAACACCUGCUAUGGUCUGUGGGAGAAAACACGUGAAGGAGAGAUCCAUCUUGUGAAACAAGGAUGCUGGUCUCAUAUAGGAGACCCUGAAGACUGUCACUCUGAGGAGUGCAUCGUCACAACCACCCCUUCCUUGGUUCAGAAUGGGACAUAUCGUUUCUGCUGCUGCAGUUCCAACUUGUGCAAUCUCAACUUCACAGAGAAUUUUCCACCAGCAGACCCUACCGAUGGAACGCCUUUCAAUUCAUCAUAUUCACUUCGCCGAGAUGAGACAAUUGUCAUUGCUCUGGCAUCAGUAUCUGUAUUGGCUGUUCUGGUGGUUGCCUUUUUCUUUGGAUACAGAAUAUUUGGAGGAGAUCAUAAACAAGGUAUGCACAGUAUAGACAUGAUGGAAGCAGCAUCAUCUGAACCCUCGUUAGAUCUUGAUAAUCUGAAGCUACUGGAGCUUAUUGGUCGAGGGCGAUAUGGAGCAGUUUACAAAGGUUCCUUAGAUGAGCGUCCAGUGGCUGUAAAAGUAUUUUCUUUCACUAAUCGUCAAAACUUUAUCAAUGAGAGGAAUAUAUACAGAAUCCCACUUAUGGAACACGACAAUAUUGCCCGAUUCAUUGUGGGAGAUGAGAGAUUCACUGCAGAUGGACGGAUGGAAUACUUAUUAGUGAUGGAAUAUUAUCCCAAUGGCUCUUUGUGCAGGUAUUUGAGUCUUCAUACUAGUGACUGGGUGAACUCAUGUCGUUUGGCACACACUAUAACUCGAGGUCUGGCAUAUCUUCACACAGAGUUACCUCGAGGAGAUCACUACAAACCUGCCAUCUCCCACCGGGAUUUGAACAGCCGUAAUGUAUUGGUGAAGAAUGAUGGAACAUGUGUUAUUAGUGAUUUUGGACUCUCCAUGAAGCUAACAGGAAAUAGACUAGUGCGCCCAGGUGAGGAGGACAAUGCUGCAAUCAGUGAGGUUGGUACAAUCCGCUACAUGGCCCCCGAAGUGCUGGAAGGAGCUGUGAAUUUGAGGGAUUGCGAAUCCGCUCUAAAACAAGUAGAUAUGUAUGCACUAGGCCUAAUCUACUGGGAGAUUUUUAUGAGAUGCACAGACCUGUUCCCAGGAGAAUCAGUGCCAGAGUUCCAGGCAGCAUUCCACGCAGAAGUUGGAAACCACCCAACUUUUGAAGAUAUGCAAGUUCUUGUUUCAAGGGAAAAGCAACGACCAAAAUUCCCAGAGGCCUGGAAAGAGAACAGCUUGGCUGUGAGGUCACUGAAAGAGACAAUUGAGGACUGUUGGGAUCAGGAUGCUGAAGCUCGACUGACAGCCCAGUGUGCUGAAGAGAGGAUGGCUGAACUCAUGAUGAUUUGGGAAAGGAACAAAUCUGUCAGCCCGACAGUCAACCCUAUGCAGUCUACAGCUAUGCAGAAUGAGCGAAAUCUAUCACACCAUAGGCGUGUGCCAAAGAUCAGACCAUAUCAAGAUUACUCUUCGUCAUCUUACAUUGAGGACUCCAUUCACCAUCCUGACAGCAUCGUGAAGAAUAUUUCGUCUGAGCUUUCAUCGUCCAGCACACCACUGACGAUUGGGGAGAAGAACAGAAACUCUAUUAACUACGAGCGACAACAAGCACAAGCUCGCAUUCCUAGUCCUGAAACUAGCGUCACAAGCUUGUCGACCAACACUACCACCACCAACACUACAGGUCUCACUCCGAGCACUGGCAUGACCACCAUAUCCGAGAUGCCUUACUCAGGUGAAACAAACCUUGGUGCUACAAAUGGCAUGCAGCCACUUGGGCCAACUCCUGUUUGUUUGCAACUAACAGAGGAGGACUUGGAGACCAACAAGCUGGAUCCAAAGGAAGUGGAUAAGAAUUUGAAGGAGAGUUCUGAUGAGAAUCUGAUGGAGCAUUCCCUUAAGCAGUUCAGUGGGCCCGAUCCACUCAGCAGCACUAGCUCCAGCUUGCUGUACCCACUGAUAAAACUGGCAGUGGAAGCAACAGGGCAACAGGACUUCACGCAAGUUGCAAAUGGCCAGGCAUGUCUAAUUCCAGAUGUUCAGCCUGCUCAGGUCUAUCCUCUUCCUAAGCAGCAGAACCUCCCAAAGAGGCCUACUAGCCUACCUAUAAACACCAAAAACUCAACAAAGGAGCCUCGGCUGAAAUUUGGAGGGAAGCACAAAUCAAACUUGAAGCAGGUAGAAACUGGAGUUGCCAAGAUGAACACUAUCAAUUCUGCAGAACCUCAUGUGGUCACAGUUACCACGAAUGAAGUGGCAGGAAGGAGCCAUACAAUAGCCUCUCAUGCUGUACCAACCCAGUAUGUGAAUGGUACAGUGCCAUGUGGCCAAGCAUCCAGCUCAGGGGUCCAUCGGGCCCAGGAAAUGCUGCAGAACCAGUUCAGCGGAGAGGACAGCCGUCUGAACAUCAACUCGAGCCCUGAUGAGCAUGAGCCCUUGUUGAGAAGGGAGCAGCAAGUGAGCCAUGAUGAGGGCAUUCUCGAUCGUCUGGUUGAUAGGAGAGAACGCUCGCUGGAUAAUGGUAGAACAAACGCCAACAACAACAACAGUAACCCAUGUCCAGGACAAGACGUUUCGGUCCUCCGUAGCCAGAGCACAGCACCAAAUUCUGGACAAGCCCACACUAGAAGAGCACAGAGACCUAACUCGCUGGAUCUAUCAGCCACAAAUGUUUUGGACGGCUGUAGUAUGCAGUUGAGUGAGUCAUCCCUAGAUGGCAAAGGAGAAAAGAUCAAGAAACGUGUGAAAACACCAUAUUCCCUUAAGCGGUGGCGCCCGUCAACAUGGGUCAUCUCUACAGAACCACUGGACUGUGAAGUCAACAACAAUGGCAGUGAUAGGGUAGUCAGCUCUAAGUCCAGCACAGCUGUUUUCCUUGUUGAAGGAGGUACUGCUACAACCAUGGUGUCUAAGGAUACAGGCGUGAACUGUCUGUGAAUUGUUUAAAAGCUGACAAAAAUGACAUUUUUUGCAUUCUGUUAAACAAACAUGCAGAAGACCUUGGGGGGGGGGAGUUCCUUCUCCUGUCAGCACCCCUUUACUGAGGACUUGCUUUAAAUAGAUUUCAGCUAUGCAGACGAUUUUUAGCUUAUGCUUCCAUAUUUUUAAUUUUUUUUUUUUUUUUUGGAAACAUUUUUUGCACUUUUUAUUUAGUAUUGCAAAAUUACAUCUUGUCUGUUCCCGACCACAGAAUUAUAUAUAUGUGUAUCGAAUGACGUGGUCUCAAAAUAUUUUUUUUAAAAAACGAAAACAAAAAAAUGUAUUGCUGAUAAUCAGUCUGGACCGGGUUCUAAAGGUCACUAAACACACAAGCCGCCUGGCUACAGUGGUGUUUGCCGUUCAUGUUUUGAGUUCUGUGCACAAGCUCGUUUGUAUGUUUCUGUGUGACAGAGUGUAUUAUCUUUUAAACGCCCUAUUUUUCACUUGUGUUAUGUUGAAAUGUGCAAUAGUCUGUAGUUCACAGUAUGCUUUGUGUUUCCAUCCCUGCUACACAGUUCCCCUUUUGGAAUUAAAGGGGUAGGGGUUUUUAAUCUAAUGAUUUGGCAGCCAAUGAAAUCCAACUGUGAACUCUGCAAAGCAUAAUCAGCUUAAAGCAGCUGCUUGUAUCUAUCUGUAUGUGUGCUCCAAGGUCACAGUUAAUGCAUGAUUUUCCCUGCCUUAAAAGGGCUUUUUAAAAAGGAAGGAGGGGAGAAAAGAACAAACUUCUGCUUUCUUUCAUCCUUCAAAAUUAGCAAAUUGCAGCUUUCUUCAUAGUGGACAGUGCAGCUUUGGAAAACUCUAAGCAAGAAAGUGUCGAACAAAAUAUAAGGAAUCAAAGGGUCAGUUUGUACAAUCAACGGAGGUAGAUACCUGCCCUAAUAAGCUUGAUGCUUGAUAAACAUGCCUCACCAUUGGCAGGUUUACAAAGUUUAAAAGCUCUAUAUGGGACAGAUGAUCUGUGGUAUCUUUUUUCACCAAGCCAUGAUGCAUGUGCAAUUUAUAACUCUGGUAUGUGUAAACUGACCCCAAAGGUCUACCAUUUUAUUUUAUCUCUUGUCGUAUACAAUUUGAAAGUUAAAUAUGCUUUGUAUUUAUGUACAUUUUUCCUUAAUGAAUGCUUUUGGUGUAUAUUGAAAAGAACAUUUUUGCCUAAUCUUGGUAAGUUAUCUUAAAUUUUUUACUGUAGGUAGGUUGGUAAGACAGGUUUUUGAUAGACAAGCUAAAACAGGAACUCAUUUGCAUGAUAGUCAUGUGAUGAGUUCCUAUGCCUCUGUACUUUUACUGCCCAAAUCUGAUGGCCUAGUUCAGUGUUGCAUCAGAUUGCCUAGGUGUAACUGGCUGAUUUACAGUGCAUUCCUUUACAUGUCUACUUAAGGAGUACAUCUCACGGAGUUGAGGUAAGUAUAUCUAGUAUUGCAGCCUUUGAAUAUUGUGAAAAUACCCAGUUCCUUCAGAAAUGUCCUGCUUACGCAUUAAUUGCCCCUUUAGUACCUAUCAUCACAACAUAUCAGGGUUUUUUUCUAAAGAAAACAUUUUAGAAUAUUUUAGAAUACAUGUAAGUACAUAUUUGUGCAUGACUAUUAAAAUAUCUGGCCCCAUUAAAGCACCAUUUUGAAAGUCAAUAAGGAUAUCUCCCUAGACAGAAAUGAGUAAAUAUUUGCUUACUGGCCCUUGUCACAGCAUGCAGCCCUGUUGUCUCAGUUGUUGUUCAGACUUAUGUAACCUUAACAAGAUAUAUAUUUACAAUCACUAAAUAGCAUCUAGUAUGAUAUCUGGUUCUAAAUAAAAGAUUGAGUUCUGAUUUAUCAUAAUCCAAGACUUACAUAACUGGUUUUUUGGGGGGCCACAUAGCACAAUCUCUACAGCACAUUGUCCCCAUGCUAGUUUCUGACGAAUUGCUUCAUUCUGUUUUUCAGACCUUUAAAAAAUUGUUUAUUUCCUUAAUUCAGUUCUUAUCAACUUUCUUCCACUUUAAAGCUCUGAACUCUGCACUCUUUUCGAAACACAGUAGAACCUUGGCUUACAAAAGUGGCAAACCUGGAAGUAUUUUUCCGCGUUUUGCCGCAUGCGCAGAAGCGCUUUAUCGCAUUGCAUGCAUGCGCAGAACAGGCACCUCCGGUUAUGGAAACCUCGGGAUCCGACCGGAGCUCUGGAACGGAUCCCGUCCACAACUGGAGGUACCACUGUAGUUACAUCCAGCUACUGAAGACUAAACCAACUUUUUCCACUGUAUGAUGUUUGAUUAGAUUAGACCAAUGAAGGUAAUAGUUCAAAGUGGUUUAAAUGAAAUGAAAUCCUGGUCUAGAAUAUCUGGAUGCUAAGUAAGUUAUCAUUUAGAAUCUGUCAUGGAUUUGGCUCAUGUUUAAAGUUUUCCAUCAAAUAAGAUCACUGCUUUCAUCCUGUGAUAACCACAUUGAAAGCCCUCUAAUCAAUUUUUCCCCAUUCAUAGCCCAGUUUUCAUCAUUUAUCUCCCCCUGUGUUAAGUGAUUAUUUUACAACAAUCUACUCUAGGCUAAGAAGGUUUCCAGCUUUUUGCCUCCUUCCCCGGGGCAUAGCAUCAAGGCUUUUUGAACUUUUGGCCUAAAUUCAUACAAUGUGCUUUUACUGGAGUUAUGGCCCUGCCACACUUUGUUUUAAUUUCCUUUUAGCGUAGGCUUGAGAUUAAUAUUUGCAGCUUUUAGUUUUCAAAUCAGAAGUUGGACUUUGAACAGUGUUGAAUCUUCCACUGAAAAAAUUAGCCAAUCAAUAUAAUCAUUGUUUUGGAGGCUUGUUUCAUAGGGAGAAGCUUCACAACUUUGAAGCUCAGGAGUCCCCAAGGCAAAUUCUAAAAUGAGGCUCUGUGGCAUCAGCUAAAGAGCUGCGCAAUUCCCAUGUCAGCCCUUAGGAGACACAUUUUGGGAACUUUAGUUUUUAAAAGGCAGGUUAUCCGCAAGGAGCUCUCAAGGAACACGCUAGAAUAAGUAGCCUAGUUUUUGAAGAGGAAACUGAGCUGUGUGGUUUGCUUAGUUAGUCCCAAAGAGCCAGCAAUCCUGCUUUGAGUAAACCAGAUUUCAAGUGAUCUCCCCUUUUCAAGUAUUGGAAGGACUUAGGGAGGGCUCAUUUGGUCCGGGAAUUUCCCUGGGCUGGGCAACCAUGCUAUAGUUCAGGGAUAGUACCGUAUUUUUUGCUCUAUAAGACACACUUUUUCCCUCCUAAAAAGUAAGGGGAAAUGUGUGUGCAUCUUAUGGAGCAAAUGCAGGCUGUGCAGUUAUCACAGAAGCCAGAACAGCAAGAGGGAUCGCUGCUUUCACUGCGCAGCGAUCCCUCUUGCUGUUCUGGCUUCUGAGAUUCAGAAUAUUUUUUUUCUUGUUUUCCUCCUCCAAAAACUAGGUGCAUCUUGUGGUCUGGUGCGUCUUAUAGAGCGAAAAAUACGGUAUAUCUUCCACUCCAAAAGUUGGGCAGCUUCUCAGUGCAUGUCCUCUUAGAUCUUAACUUGGAGUUCACAACCACAUUUUAAAAAUGAACAGAAAGUGGAAAGAGGCUACUAAAAAAUAUUCAAGAGUGGAGUGUCUGUGCAAAUGAAACUGUGAGUGAUUUUGGGCUCCUUUUUAUUUUAGACCUUUUUGCAUGUCGAGACCUAUUGCCAACGAUUGCAUGGUUUGAUUGUGAUUUCGCUAAUGUCUCACAUCUGUGUAGUUGGAUGUGCCAAGUCUGAAUGCUCAUGACAAAAGGAUGUCAAAUCAACCCUCUCCAUUCCCUGAAAAUAGAGAUUUGACCUUUGGAUUAUCUUUGCACAGUUACUGGAGGUGGGGUGUGUGUGUGUUCUCUUUCUUCAAAUUAUACUGAUGUUAAUAUAUCAGUCAAUAGGCAUUUAGGGAGAAAGAACCUCUAUAUGAUAUUUUGGAGUGAGAGUGUCUCAUCGAAAGGUGCAUUCUUUUGCCAUGUUGUGAGAACAGCUUUCUAAAAAGGAAUGCAGCAAUGUUCUCAAAGUUCCAUUCGUAAGCAAGUCAGAGACAAUUUAUUUUUCUAGUGUGGCAGUUGCAUCUUUUCCCCCACAAAAAAAUAUUUACUUGUACUGUAAUUCAAGGGAAGGGAAAUAAUGCACAAGUUAAAACAAUUGCACUCUUGUAGUUGUGCUUAAGUUAUACAUAUAAGCAAAGGAUUUAAAAUAAGUGGAAGAUGUGAGAAUUGGCUUUUUAAUUCAUGGAGGAUCAGCGUAGAAAGCUUGCUUUUUGUGUUAAGAUAUAACAAAUGUCAAUUAUUCAUUCUGCCUUUCAGGUGUUCUGUUCAGUAGUAAUAUUUCUUUUACCUGAGUGAACUAUAUCACAAGUUUCAAGGUCACAUACUUAUUCUGCAGUACCCAGUGUUUCACAAAAUGAUUUUUAAUCCUCUAUGCCUAUAAAUUGGGGGGAGGGGUGGAACUAUAGAUAUGUAUCUGAAAGAAAAAGCCUACCAGCAAUUUAUUUGUGGUGUAGUAGUUAACAAGUCUUUUUGCACCGCUGCAUUGCUAAGGGCCGUUGACUUUGCUUUUGUCCAUAUGGUUAUCCCUUAUGUAAUAAAUAAUUGUAACAUGCAAAUGAAUUUAAAGUUUAUAAAAGGCUAUUCCAUCAGUCUAUAUAAUGAAGAAUAUUUUAUGUGAUUUGCUUUUUAUCAUAUUAUGUAUGUCUUUCAAUGCCUUUUUUUCAGUAAACACAUGCCUCAGA